AUGGUGUUUAGAAGAGGCGCGCAGUGUGAUAUGUUGCUCAUGGGAAGAGAUAAAAUUCCAGUAGUUUUUGGGGUUUUAUUGCUAUUGUUCUCUGUGGGAGAAAAUAAUCGGGUGAGAGCGUCGAUCCAUGAGUACAAGAACGAAGCUUUCAUCCGUCGUUUCAAUUCCUACUUCUUCCAUGGCGGCAGCGAGGGGCUCUACGCGUCCAAGAUCAUUGACCCGCCCAAAGCAGCGGCUAACGAUGAUAGCAACAAACCCCUCAAUGGAAAAUCGUUCAUUAGGUUCGAAUCAAUCACAUUUAGAAGGCCAAAGGAGGUAGCCAGCAAGCAAAACGCCAUGCAACAAAGUACUGGAGUUGUUGAGGCCAUAAUCGUCGAGGUCAAAGAUAGUGACAGAAUCGGUAAAGCUUUCCAGAACUCCAACGCCAUAUGUUGCGACCCUUCCCUCGCCAAAGACGGAUUUUGCAAAGUUGGUGAGGUUAUCAUCCAUCAAGAUCCCCAAAACCCGGAAUGGCCGAAAAGGCUACAAACAUCAUUCGAGGGCAACAAUGAGGAGGCUAAAAUGGUGCUCCAAACAGUCGAGAUAAACAAAACCGGGAUGUACUAUCUUUAUUUCAUGGUCUGUGAUCCUGAACUAAAGGGGACCUUAAUUAGCGGCCGAACAGUCUGGAGAAAUCCCGCUGGUUAUUUACCAGGCAAAAUGGCUCCACUAGUGACUUUUUAUGGGUUCAUGUCAUUAGCUUACCUUGCUCUUGGCCUGUUAUGGUUUGUGAGGUUUGUUCAACACUGGAAGGAUAUAAUAUAUCUGCAUUAUCAAAUAACGGCUGUUAUUGGACUAGGAAUGUGCGAGAUGGCUUUUUGGUAUUACGAGUAUGCUAAUUUUAAUGCGACUGGAACUAGACCAAUCGGGAUAACUCUUUGGGCAGUUACUUUUACUGCAAUCAAGAAAACUGUGUCUAGACUUCUUCUGCUUGUGGUUUCAAUGGGUUAUGGUGUUAUGAGGCCGACAUUGGGGGGCAUAACCUCGAAAGUGAUUCUUCUUGGCGUGGUGUAUUUCUUUGCAUCAGAAGCCCUUGAGCUCGUCGAGCAUUUGGGGAAUAUAAAUGAUUUUUCGGGGAAAGCUAGGCUCUUUUUGGUUCUACCGGUAGCACUUUUGGAUGCGUGUUUUAUCAUGUGGAUCUUUUCAUCGUUAUCCAAAACACUAGAGAAGCUUCAGAUACGGAGAAGCAUGGCCAAACUUGAGCUUUACCGAAAGUUUACCAAUGCUCUGGCUGUAUCUGUUCUGCUUUCUGUUGCUUGGAUUGGAUAUGAGUUGUAUUUCAACGCCAGUGACCCGUUGAGUGAGUUGUGGAGACGAGCAUGGAUAAUCCCAGGUUUCUGGACUUUGCUUGCCUUUGUGUUAUUGGUUGUUAUAUGCAUCCUAUUAGCUCCUUCGCAUAACCCUCUCAGGUAUGCGUAUGAGACUGGUGACGAUGAUGAAGAGGGUUCAUCACUAACAGGAGCAAGCGUUAUAGUGGCUGGCGAUUUGAAAGAAAGGAAAGUUUCCAUCACAUCUGAUCAUGUGUUUGGGCUAGUCGAGGAUUUGGAGGAGGACAAAAGGGAAUAA